AUGAACUCUAUUUUUCUCGCGACCGAAGCACAGGAGCAGCGACUCGUCAGGCAGCCUUGUGCGUCAUCGGGGACACGGGUACGUUCGCGCAGACGGUCUUUGGCGACCGGUGGAGAUAGACUGGGCAACCCCGUCCAGUCGUCCAACGAAUACAAUAGACUUGGCCUUGUCAAUUGCCAAGGGGCAGCUCUAGACGACGUUGCGACCUUUUGUCGCUCAGACUGCGCCAUUCUAGACGUGCAGCAGCGCACAACACGCUCGUCAAGCAUAUCUGUACCAGCCUGCCGGCUAGGCAGUCAACACCGUUCCUUCAGCUCAGCGCAGCGCCAGGUUCUACCAUCUGGCGCGAUCGGUUUUGAGUCGGUGUCAGAGCAAAGCUCGACGGAACGCACCAGCUUUUUGCAUAGUCAGCAAGUCGCCAUCAUGUCAGCGCCCGACAUCCAAGAGAAGAUUGCUGCUGCCAGGCGAGAAGCGGAGACGCUCAAAGAGAGGAUACGAGCCAAACGCGACCAACUAGGCGAUACAUCCUUGCGAGCGAUGGCACAAGAAUUAGACCCGCUGCCGCGCAUCAUGAUGAAAGCCAGAAGAACAUUACGCGGUCACCUUGCAAAGAUUUACGCGAUGCAUUGGGCUCAGGAUAAGCGACAUCUCGUAUCCGCUUCACAAGACGGCAAGCUCAUCGUCUGGGAUGCUUACACAACCAACAAAGUCCACGCGAUACCGCUCCGGUCGUCCUGGGUCAUGACGUGCGCCUACGCGCCCUCUGGCAAUUUCGUCGCUUGUGGCGGUCUCGACAACAUAUGCUCAAUCUAUAACCUUCGCAGCAAAGAGGGCAGCGUCAAGGUUGCCAGAGAGCUAUCUGCCCACACGGGCUAUCUGUCUUGCUGUCGAUUCCUCAACGACCGACAGAUCGUCACGAGCUCGGGCGAUAUGACCUGCAUGCUCUGGGAUAUUGAUGCGGGCGUGCGAGUGCUCGAGUUUACUGAUCAUACAGGCGAUGUCAUGAGUCUAUCCGUCGCGCCUUCUCAGAAUAUCUUUGUGUCUGGGGCUUGCGAUGCAACUGCCAAGGUCUGGGAUAUUCGGACAGGCAAAGUCGUGCAGACCUUUCACGGCCACGAGUCAGACAUCAACGCAGUACAGUUUUUCCCCAAUGGGGACGCGUUUGCUUCUGGCUCAGACGAUGCAUCCUGUAGACUGUUCGACUUGCGAGCAGACAGAGAGCUCAACCAGUACACUCAUGACAACGUUCUCUGCGGCAUUACCUCUGUCGCCUUCUCCGCCUCCGGGCGCAUCCUCUUUGCUGGCUAUGACGACUUCAACGUCAACGUCUGGGACACCCUCAAAGGCGAGCGUGUCGGCGUUCUGGCCGGUCACGAGAACAGGGUCAGCUGUCUCGGCAUCUCUCCGGAUGGCGCUGCGCUCUGCACGGGCAGCUGGGACAGCAUGCUCAAGGUAUCUCCUCACUAUUUGAAGACGUGCAACCUGCUGAUGCGCCAUCAGGUGUGGAGCUAG